GACGUCUUUCCCCCGUAUUUCUCAUACAGCGGGAUUCCCCCGAUGCGCGAUGUUGAGCAUUCUAUCCAACUCGUGCUUGACUAUCGUGUUCACCAUCAGGCACCGUACCGACUCUGGAUUUCAGAGGCGACAGAACUCAAGCGUCAGCUUGAGGAGCUCCUUCAACUGGGUUUCAUUUAAUCCCAGUAACUCCCCUUGGGGUGCACCUGUCCUCUUUGCUCGCAAAGCGGACGAAACUCUCUGCCUCUACAUCGACUACCGCGGCCUUAACCGUUACACGGUUAAGAACAUCUAUCCCAUGCCCCGCGUGGAUGAGCUUUUUGACCGUCUGGCAGACAACCGCUUCUUCACGAAGAUCGAUCUUCGUAGCGAUUACCACCAGAUCCGCGUUUCCACAGAGGAUCAGCCGAAAACCGCCUUCCGAUCCCAUUUCGGCCACUACGAGUUCACGGUGAUGCCAUUCGGCCUCACCAAUGCACCAGCCACCUUCCAGACGGCGAUGGACGACAUCUUCAGGGACAUCCUUGAAGAAUACGUUCUCGUAUACCUGGACGACAUCCUACAGCGCUUACGCAAGCAUGGCUUCUAUGCCAAGCUCAGUAAGUGCCGCUUUGCCCAGCGCAAAGUGGACUUCCUAGGACACCAUGUGUUUGACCAGGGUCUCCACAUGGAUGACGCGAAGAUCACUGCUAUUGUAGAGUGGCCCGUCCCCACAUCUGUCAAGCAGCUUCGCAGCUUCCUAGACCUCACCAGCUACUAUAGUAAUUUUAUCCAGGGAUACGCUAGGAGGGUUAGGAGGACACGGUACCAGCGGGAGAAGAGGAGAAGGAAGGAGGAGAAGGACGCAGUGGAGGAGGAGGGGCAGGAGGACAAUGCAGCAGAGGAGGUGGCCGAGGAGGAGGGGCAUGGGAUAGAGGUGGGAGUGAACAGGGAGGAGGAGGAGGAGGAGGUGACAGACAACAGGAGGGAGGACGAGGAGGAGCAGGUGUGCGCCGCAGGGGUAACCACGGCGGGCAUCCGGUUUAGACCACCAGCACUUGGCCCAGCUAUUGGCUGCGGAAAAAAAUAGAGUAGAAAUGUCUCUAGUCGGAUGAAUUUGGGCGCUCCUGUAGUGGCCCGUACAUUUCCUAAAAUCGUGGCUUGUUAACGGGCAUGACUUUA